AUGGGGGAACCCCGGGCUGGGGCCCCCCUGGACGAUGGCAGUGGCUGGACAGGAAGUGAGGAAGGAAGUGAGGAGGGCACCGGCGGCAGCGAGGGGGCUGGGGGAGAUGGGGGCCCAGACGCAGAAGGCGUGUGGAGUCCAGACAUCGAGCAGAGCUUCCAGGAGGCCCUGGCGAUCUACCCACCAUGUGGCCGGCGGAAAAUCAUCCUGUCUGAUGAAGGCAAGAUGUAUGGUCGGAAUGAACUGAUUGCCCGCUACAUCAAGCUGAGAACAGGGAAGACCCGAACCCGCAAACAGGUCUCUAGCCACAUCCAGGUUCUGGCUCGAAGGAAAUCAAGGGAAAUCCAGUCCAAGCUCAAGGCCUUGAAUGUGGACCAGGUUUCCAAGGACAAGGCUUUCCAGACAAUGGCCACCAUGUCCUCAGCCCAGCUCAUCUCAGCACCUUCCUUGCAGGCCAAACUGGGUCCUGCUGGUCCUCAGGCCUCUGAGCUUUUCCAGUUUUGGUCAGGGGGCUCUGGGUCCCCCUGGAAUGUUCCAGAUGUGAAGCCAUUCUCACAGACGCCGUUCUCGUUGUCACUGACCCCCCCAUCUACUGACCUCCCAGGGUACGAGCCCCCCCAAGCCCUCUCACCCCCUGCCCUGCCCCCACCUGCCCCGUCACCCCCAGCCUGGCAGGCUCGGGCCCUGGGCACUGCCCGAUUGCAGCUGGUAGAGUUCUCAGCCUUUGUGGAACCGCCGGAUGCAGUCGACUCUUACCAGAGGCACCUGUUCGUACACAUCAGCCAGCACUGCCCCAGCCCUGGAGCGCCCCCCCUCGAGAGUGUGGACGUCCGGCAGAUCUAUGACAAAUUCCCUGAGAAAAAGGGUGGCCUGCGGGAGUUGUACGAUCGCGGGCCCCCUCACGCCUUCUUCCUGGUCAAGUUCUGGGCGGACCUGAACUGGGGCCCUAGUGGCGAAGAGGUAGGGGCCGGCGGCAGCAGUGGUGGUUUCUAUGGAGUGAGCAGCCAGUACGAGAGCCUGGAGCACAUGACCCUCACCUGUUCCUCCAAGGUCUGCUCCUUUGGCAAGCAGGUGGUGGAGAAGGUGGAGACGGAGCGUGCCCAGCUGGAGGACGGGAGGUUUGUGUACCGCCUGCUGCGCUCACCCAUGUGUGAGUACCUGGUGAAUUUCUUGCACAAACUUCGGCAGCUGCCCGAGCGCUAUAUGAUGAACAGUGUCCUGGAGAACUUCACCAUCCUCCAGGUGGUAACAAACCGAGACACCCAGGAGCUGCUGCUCUGCACUGCCUACGUCUUUGAGGUCUCCACCAGCGAGCGGGGGGCCCAGCACCACAUUUACCGUCUGGUCAGGGACUGA